CCAGCCUUUCUGUGCAUGUAUCUCAGGGAUCUGAGCUGCAUAUGGAGAGCGGCUCUUCAGGAGCUGCAGAUCUUUCUAACCUUGUCCAGGUAAAGCUCAACCAAAUCAUAGUGGGCCAAGUGAUAAUAGAUCCAGGCGUAGUUUCCGUAAUAGACCAGGACCUGCCGGGGGAAGUUAUCUGGCUGGCAGCAGGCUUCCGCAAUGGCGGAGAAGCCACAAAGUGUUUCCAAAUGGCAUUAAGAGAAGAUGAAGCAAAUGGGGAAUUUCUUGCUGGGUUGGCAAUCGCGGUCUUUGCAUCAUGGACUCACUCACACAAGCCUGUAUUUUGGAAUGCUGCCAGAGAGAAGUUGGGCGCCAUUAUCCAUGAACAGCAGCAAAACUAUGAAGCUAAGGUGUAUUUAGCCAAGAUCCUUAAGAGGACAGAUAGGCAGCAAGCCGAAGCCCUCCUAGAAGAUGUUGUUCAGAAUAGCCUGGACCCUGAGGUCCUGAGACAUGCAGCCAUGUUCUUUCUACCAGAAUUCCUAGAAAAAGCAAUUUCUAUUCUAGAGCGAGCAAUAUCUCUGAACCCCAAUUAUCAUCUCCUUCACUAUGACCUUGGCGUCUGCUACAAGAUGCAGUUGAGGGGGGACAAUUCCAGCAGAAGAGAAGAAAUAUUGGCAGCAGCUAUUGAGGCCUUCAAAAAGGCUGUGCGGAAAGAUCCAGUGUCUGUAUUUUCAAAGCUGGCUUUAGCUGAAAUGUAUGGAGAAAAUACACCUCACUACCAGGAAGAGAUUUAUCUCAAUCUCACAAGUGAAAUGCCCAGCCUCAGCAAGAAGUGCCAGCAGGCAGUCUCCCUUCACUGGGGGGAUUUCCUCUUCUACAAGCAGAAGUCACUGUGGGAGGCAGCUCAGAUAUACAAAGCAGGUUUCGCCAUUCCAGACAACUACCUGGAGAGGCAACAACUGAAACGGAAGUUGGAAAAGGUGGCAGAAAUAUUCCAGCAGCACUCCCAAAUCGCUGAGGCUAAGGCCAUUCAUGACUUCAUUCAAGAGACUGAAAGUCGUUCUCUUGAAUAAAGGAGGAAGUCCAUUGGUGGCAGCAACAGAGCAGGAGACUGGAGAUGGAGACAAUGCAGGAUCCUUUCCCUUCCCUGGACACACCAAGACCUCCUUCUGAAGCAAGUCACUUUUCCCACCUGUAUAACAAUGACAUUCGUGUUGCAAAUGAUUCUGGGUUCCCUGAAUAGUUCAGACCACAGCACAUGCUGCUGCUUAGAAUUAUUAUUAGCUACCUGUAUUGUGAUAGCGCCUAGAUACCCAGACAUGGAUCAGGACCCCUCUGUGUCUGGCCUCAACGAGUCUACAGUCUGCGACAUGAGACAACAGGAGGGAACCAGCAGACAGAUGGGGGAGCACAGGCAGAUAGUACUGGUCAGCAAAAUGGACAGUGUUCUCAGCCCACCACCUACUCAGCCAUUGUCCAGUGUUUUGUAAGCAUCACUGCAGAGGAGAGUUUAGCUUCUGAUACUGAGCAGCUGUUUCUACUCAGAGGGGACAAUGCGACCGUCCUUGUCUCUAAGCAAAUCUACCUCCCAGCUCUGCUGCCUUCUAACAUCCAUGCAGCAAAUACGUGUGGAGUUUCUUGUGUUGUGUUUUUGUAUUUGCAUAGGUGAGUGCCUGUAGUGUGUCUGUAUCAGGAUUCCCAUCUUUGCUUUC